UGGUUGGUCAAGUUUACCUUUGUGCUACAACCACUUGGAUUGGCAGAAGCUCAGUGUUUAACCAUGGAUCCAUUACUUCUAGCUUAGUAUUAUAACUGUCCAUUAUUUUAAGUUGUUUCAACUUUUAAUCCCCUACUUUUAGCAAACUGUUUAUCCAUUACUGUUAGCUAUUUCAACAAUUUAUCCAAUGCGUUCAGCUAUCUAUUUCAACUGUUUACAUUUCAAGCUAUCUCAACAGUUUAUACGUUUAACCACGGAUAUCCAUGACCCUUUUUCAACUGUUUAUCCAUUAACUUUAUUUAUUCCAGCUAUCUAUCCAUACUUUCAGCUGUGUUUAUCAACCAUCUAUCUGUUUCCAUCAUCUAUCUAUCUUUUUAGCAAUUUCAGCCAUUUAUCCAUUCUUUUUAGUGAACUAUUACAGUUAUUUUUUCAUUAGACUACUUUUUGCUAUUUCAACCAUUUCUCUUGAACUUUUUCAGCAAUGCAUCCCUACUUUCAGCACACUUUUCAGCCUAAAACAUACCCAUUGCUUUGUGCACUUUAAGUUAUCAUUACUAUUAGCUAUCUGUGUCAACUUUUUAGAUCUUAAACCAUUUCAGCAGUUCAGUCUCAACCAUUCUUCAUAACAUUUAACUCUUUCUGUUCACUUACUAACCCGUUUUCCAACACUUUUAAUCACGAGUUUGUUCAGGUGUUGUACUGUAGAUGUGGAUAUAGGCCUUUGUUUUUUAAUGAAAUCAGAAAUUCUGUUUUGGUAACUGCAAAAGUACCCUUCAGUACAAAGUACUCCAGGUUGGGAAUCAUGUAGACCAUCCUGAGCUACUGCAAUAAUGCGAGCAGAGCGAGAGAGAUAGAUGGAGGGAAAAGAGAGCAGUAGUGGCUGUGCUCUAAAUUUAGUCUACCCUCCGCUUGUGAACUAAAUACCAAUGACAACAGAACAAACUGAUACCCACCCACUCAUUCAGUCGCUCAGUCAGUCGGGCCAGGCUGCAGCCCCCUCCACCCACGACAAGCCCCAGUGUCGGGGAGCGCGAGCACCCACACGGGUCGCACCACCCAGUCUGACCCUCUCAGCUCUCACCUUUCCGAUUUCCUUCCCCGAGGAGACAGGCACAACGGGAAACCCGCCCCCUGAGGGUCCGUCAGGACAGGUAAGCCAUCACUAAGGCUCUCCACAGGUGUGCUGUCCAGUUCUAACAUGACACUUGCACUUUGAAUCAAGCAUGAUUCUCACGACCACCAACGGUUGUUCUCUCGCCAUUUCACUGUCACUCACAGCUUGCCUGAAUGUACUUUAUUUUUUAUAUGUUAAUAUGGUUUUUAUAAAUGCAUGUGAUCUUCUUUUUGAUUUAAAGCUUGACAAAUUUAUGUAGCGAAUACCCUGUUUUAACGGUAGCAAGUAUACAAUACAUGUUUUAUCCUCUUCUUUUGCUCAGUAUAUUAAAAAAGAUAUAAAACGUAUUACAAGAUUCUGAAGUUUAUUUGCUGAAGCUAAAAUGAAACUGUUAACUUGCCUUUUAUCUACUGAGCUGAAACCAAUGAUUUCCAAAUGAUGAAGUGAUUUGCAUGGUGAAAAGACAUUCGGCAUUUGCUAUGAAGUGCUCCUUUGUUCCAUCCAGAAACUUUGGGAAAAGUAUGUUGGACUGGAAUGAAACGUUUGUGCUGUGUUCACUGACAUCUCGGUGUAAACUUUCCGCCGUGUGCUGUUUCAUCUGCUGUCUCAUGUGUUUGCUGUGACAGCACCAUGUUCUCUAUCUGUGUCCUUUCAGCCCACUUGGGUAAUUUCAAACACAUUGAUCCCCAGACCCCUGACACAGCUGGUUGCCACGUCUGAAGAGCAUGUGCUUAGCGUUUAGCAGCCCAAGGUUAUUUAAAGGGAUGUGCAAACUUUGCCCUUUUCACUGCUCCAAUAAAUUCUAUCUGCUUCGGUGGGUGUUGUGAGGAUGCUUGAUGUCGGCCAAUCGAUAGCCAACAUGCAGCCGUGCUGUCUUGCUUUUGUGUCUCGUUGUAAAUGUGAACAGGCUGUACUGAUGUGUGCUGUCUCCUGUGACUUUUUGCCUCACCCCCCUGACUCCCCAGGGGCAGCCAUGUCACAGUUCUCCACCAUGACAACCAGGGAGAGGAAAAUGCAGGCGGCAGCAAUCUGCAGGGAGGUUCAAGGCCAGGAAGAUAUAGAGAUGGAUCUUGGGAAGAAAGUGAGCGUGCCCAAGGACAUCAUGCUGGAGGAGCUGUCUUUUGCCUCAAACCGAGGCUCCCGUCUCUUCAAAAUGCGCCAGAGACGCUCAGAAAAGUACACUUUUGAGAGCACCCAGAAUGAAAACAACAAGCAGCUCAAUAACGCAAUGGUUUCUCAAAACGAGAAUGCCACAGACAGCGACUCGGGUGUCGACCAACCACCUAAAGUGCUGUCUGACACGCCAGAUACGAGAAUGGUGCCAAAUCCAGACAGUAUCGCCCCGGGAUACGGAGGUCCGUUGAAAGACAUCCCCCCAGAGAAGUUCAACACUACAGCUGUGCCAAAGUCCUACCACUCACCGUGGGAGCAGGCCAUCACCAAUGACCCGACCUUGGCUGACACUCUGAUCACCUGCAUGCCCGAACCGGAGCCCCGACCAGACCUGCCAGGAUACAAAAGUUUCAACAGGGUGGCUACCCCGUUCGGUGGCUUCAGCAAGGCACCCAAACCUGUUCCCAUCAAGACCCUCCAGGUGGAACCGCUCCCGGACCUCCCCGCGCUCCAGGGGGACGCAGUCGAAAAUCGACCCUCCUUCAACAGAUCUGCUCUGGGGUGGGUGUCAGCGGGCAGUCCACUCUUGCUCCCUAACAUUUCCCUUGAGCCUGCGCUCAUCCCUGAGUCAGACGACCUUUGAACCCAUAAUGAGGUCACACAGAGAUGCUGUCUACUUAGUUGCUGCUCCGUAGCCGUGGCGAGCAGCAUAAUGUUUUGGUCAAAGCAGAAUCAGGGCGGGAGAAAGUGUCCUGUUGGGCGCUGCUGGUUCAAGUUGCCAUGAAUGUAGCACUCUUGGUUUUCCAGGGAUGUUGACUAUUGCACUAAACUCAAAAAUAAAUGAAUCAUCCUGUACAGUAGGCACAGACACUGCAGGAAUAAAUGGAAUUUGUUGUAUAUCAAUGUGCAUGAGAGUAUUUUAUCUUGCAGAUGCAAGUUUUUGCUCAA